ACCACAAUUAACUUAGUCAGAGUUUCGAAAUUUCGAAUCUUUCAUCGUAAUCUUUGCUCCUGGUUGUUCGAUUCAGUUGAUAGAUAGUUAGAAGUUCAAAUCUUGGCGUUACUCGAAAUCUCUGGACAUGCCUGCCUCGAAGAAGAUUUCCGACAGGAACCACAUAGGACAAGUGUUCAACAAGUUGCUGAAGCAGAUUGGAGAAGCAGAAGAGGAGUUCGAGUUGCCUGAUUGGUUGAACAAAGGGAAACCAACUCCUUACAUCUUCAUCAAGCGCAAUACAUACUUGACGAAGAAAAUCAAGAAGAGGGUUGAGGAUGAUGGAAUAUUCUGUUCUUGUUCCUUGUCCCCUGACUCUUCUUCUUCAACCGUGUGUGGUAGUAACUGCCAUUGUGGGAUGCUGUUCUCGAGCUGUUCUUCCAGUUGCAAGUGUGGGAUUGAGUGUAACAAUAAGCCGUUCCAGCACCGGUAUGUCAAGAAGUUGAAGUUGAUUCAGACUGAUAAAUGCGGAUCAGGGAUUGUAGCAGAAGAAGAGAUUCAACAAGGAGAGUUUAUCAUUGAAUACGUAGGAGAAGUUAUAGAUGAUAAGACUUGUGAAGAGAGGCUUUGGAAGAUGAAACACCGUGGAGAGACGAAUUUCUAUCUGUGUGAGAUAAACAGAGACAUGGUGAUUGAUGCCACUCAUAAGGGAAACAAGUCGAGAUACAUCAAUCAUAGUUGCUGCCCCAAUACGCAGAUGCAGAAAUGGAUCAUUGAUGGCGAGACAAGAAUCGGCAUAUUUGCAACCUGUGACAUAAAGAAGGGAGAGCAUCUGACUUAUGACUAUCAGUUUGUUCAGUUUGGUGCAGAUCAAGACUGCCAUUGUGGAGCCACAGGUUGCAGAAGGAAGCUUGGGGUGAAACCAAAACCUAAAUUACCCUCGGAUGAAGCUCUUAAAGUAGUGGUAUCCGAAGUAGCCCAGACACUUCCUGAGGUGCAUCAAAAUGGAGCUAUACAUGAACAUGAUGAAGGAAAGCCAUGGAACAAACUUAAGCAAGAGCAGCCAUGCCCUCAUAACUGCAUUGGUCUGGUGCUCAGGUUAUCUCGCACCAGGAGUGAUAGGUGUUUUUGCAUCAUUCGAAACUUUGAUGCGGUUACAAGAAAGCACGCGGUGAUGUUUGAGGAUGGUGCUACUGAGUUUAUCGACAUGUCCAAAGAAGAAGAUUGGGAGAUUUUAUCUGACUAAUAGUUUCUUUUAAGAUUUCUUUGGAGAAAAAAGUUGAGAAAGCUAUUGGUGCAGUGGCCUUGUUUGUUGCAUCUAACUUGACCUGUGUCAUACCAGAAUGUAAUGUUUGUAAGAUUAUACAUAAACCAUAUUUGUAAUUUCUUCUACAUUCCUUAUUUUUCUUCAGCAUCUCAAGAUGUUGAUGAACGAUAGUCUUGCGAGAACUUUGUGAUGUAUAUGUAUGACAUUAUUGCAUGUACUCUUGUUGUAAUCAAAGACUGCUUUACCUUCUAA